UUUCCUGUUUCAUUGUUGUUGUUCUUGGUAUUGUGAUAUUUGAGCUGCAUUUUAAUUUGAUCAAAAUGUGGAUGCAGGGUGGAGUUGAUCAGGCUAUCUGAGUUUCUGGUUGUAUUCGACAUGUUUUGAUGAUUUUGGGAUCAGAGGAUGACUACCCGAAUCCCAGAAACUGCUCAGGGUGAUUAUUGUGUUCCUCUUGGUGGUGGUGGUGUUGCUGCUCCAACUCCUCCUCCUCUGCCCAGUCCAGCUGAACAAUUGCGUACUCGUGUUUGCAAUACGGUUUUCAAGAGUGGACCACUCUUCAUAUCAUCGAAAGGAAUUGGAUGGACAUCCUGGAAGAAAAGGUGGUUUAUCUUAACUCGUACCUCGUUGGUCUUUUUCAGGAGUGACCCGAGUGCUGUUCCUCAAAAGGGAAGUGAAGUGAAUUUGACCCUUGGUGGUAUUGACCUCAACAAUUCAGGCAGUGUGGUUGUUAAAGCAGACAAAAAACUCUUGACCGUGCUCUUUCCUGAUGGUCGUGAUGGACGAGCUUUCACACUUAAGGCUGAAACUUCAGAGGAUCUUAAUGAGUGGAAGACAGCACUUGAGAGCGCUUUGGCACAAGCCCCAACUUCUGCUGCUCAUGCGACGGGGCAAAAUGGUAUCUUCAGGAGUGAUCAGAUUGAUUCAGUUGAUGGUUCUUUGGACCAGUCAACUGAUAGACAAUCAGUGAAAUCUUCAGUUAUUGGGAGGCCAAUUUUGCUUGCCUUAGAAGAUGCUGAUGGAACACCAUCUUUUUUGGAGAAAGCUCUUCAGUUUAUUGAAGAGCAUGGAGUCAAAGUAGAAGGGAUCUUGAGACAAGCUGCAGAUGUUGAUGAUGUUGAACAUCGAGUGCGGGAGUAUGAGCAAGGAAAAAAUGAGUUUUCUUCUGGGGAGGAUGCACAUAUUGUUGCAGAUUGUAUUAAGCAUGUCCUCCGAGAGUUGCCCUCUUCUCCAGUCCCAGCAUCUUGCUGCAAUGCUCUCCUUCAAGCAUGUCGUACUGACCGUUGUCUUAGAGUCAAUGCCAUGCGAGCAGCAUUAUGUGAUGCAUUCCCCGAGCCAAAUCGUCGCUUGUUACAAAGAAUACUUGUAAUGAUGCGGAAUGUGGCUUCUCACAAGGAUGUAAAUCGAAUGAGCUGCUCAGCCGUGGCAGCUUGCAUGGCGCCCUUACUUCUACGCCCCCUUCUAGCUGGUGAUUGUGAAAUUGAAAAUGAUUUUGAUGUGGGUGGUGAUGGGUCUAUUCAACUUCUGCAAGCAGCUGCUGCAGCCAAUCAUGCACAAGCCAUUGUUAUAACUUUGUUGGACGAGUACGAUAAAAUAUUUGGGGAAGAUUCUAUGACACCUGAACCAAAUACCGAAUCAGAAGAGAGUGGAAGCGAGUCUGGGGAGGCAACUGACGAUGAUGAGUCUUAUGAAGAUGAUGAAAAUGAUGAUGCAACACAGGAGUCUGAUGAUGAUCCUGAAAAUGCUUCAAGUGAAAUGUGUAGUGAAAGUGGUGAUUCCGGAGACAGUGUUUUGCAUAAUGAUAAGGUUAUUUCUAAUUUUCUGAUUUAUCAUCUGCAACAAAUCAUACAAAGGUGUAAAAGAAUAAGGAUGGAUAUAAUUACUCUUCUCUCUCUUUAUAUAUAUACUAGGUGCCAGCAAUGUGCAAGUUGCUUAGAAUGUCCUGACUCUGACUCAGGUCCAGACUCACCUGAAGUAGGUGAUGACAGCAAACCUAAACAAAACUUGGUGACAAGUUUUUGUGAAACUUCCCCAUCUCAAUCUAUUGUUCAAUGCAACGCUAAUGAUCUUACUGAAAAUAGUUAUAGUUCAGUGGUAAUGGCUAAUGAUCCGGGUGAAGUAGUAAGAGAUAUUUCUUCAGGAAUGAGUUUAGCUCAGACAUCAAUUGCUACCUCAUGGAGUCAGAUAUCCACAACAAUAUCCAGCGUACCAGAGCGUGGUGGACGGAAUAGAACUUCAUGGGGACGUACCUCUGGAAGAAAGAAUCUUUCCAUGGAAUCCAUUAAUUAUGGUACUGAAGAUGAGGUUGAAGUCCAGAGACUUGAGGUCACUAAAUCUGAGCUAGAACACAGAAUUGCAGAAGAGGUUAAUCAGAAUGCAGUUCUGAAAAUAAAUCUGGAAAGAAGGAAGACGAAUUUGACUCAACAUCGUCUAGCUCUUGAGCAAGAUGUAGCAAGACUACAAGAACAGUUGCAGAAGGAGAGAGAUCUAAGACUGGUUCUUGAGGCAGGACUUAAAAUGUCUCAUGGACCAUUGCCCUAUCUAGCUACUAUUGAUGAAAAGACAAAAGCAGAGCUUGAAGAAAUAGCCAAAGCAGAGGCAGAUGUUGUCAAUUUGAAGCAGAAACUUGAUGAUCUCGGAAUGCAGCUUAAUCAACAACGCGAACUACACCAUGGAUCUAUCCCAAACGUUUGCAAUCUAACACAAAAUAAUCAAGAUUUUCAAACCAAAUUGAAGGAAAAACAAAAAGACACUGAAGUCGUAGCCCCAUCAAAUUUUGAAAGGUCAAGAAAUAAGGAGGCUCAUUUAGGUGCCACAGAAAAUGAGAAUGAGAGGACGGUUGAUUCUUCAUCCUUAACAAAUAAGCAGGCACAACAAAACCAGCAGCAGCGAGAGAUAUCUAGUACAAACUAUCGAUCUGUUGGGGUUUCAGCAGAUCCAUCUCCUGCAGAGCUAUUCGCAGCCAAACGUUAUACGCUUCCUAACUCAAAGAGGAUUGGUACAAAGGGUGAGGGAGUGAAUUCAACGACUUCUGCACUAUCAAAGUUGACCACCCGACUGAAUUUUUUGAAGGAACGGCGGAGCCAAAUUGCUACAGAACUCCAAAAUAUGGACAAAGGCCGAGGUUCAUCACAGACUGUCCAAAAUCCGGUUAAGGGUAGAAAAAUGCCCCACAACAACCCAGAGAAAGGUCAAAGAUCUGAUGUCCAAGGAAACCCAAACCCCGAAAAAGGUAUAGACUUAGAUAAUCCCGAAUUGUUUCAGAACCUGGUGACUGAAGGCCAAUCGCUUGAAAGUCCAGUUAAGAUUAAAAAGGCAGAGAGUCAUGUACCCAACUACACAGACAGAGCAAAAUGAUCAGAUGUGCAAAACACACAUCCUGGACAGAGGAAAGUCAGAAAACCAUGUGUCUCUUAACCUGGAUAAAGGUCGAGCUGUAGAAGGCCAACAACAAUCGUUCAUCACUUCAAGAACAAACACCAGAUAAGAGGUGUUGUACAAUCUCUCAUUGGUUGUGUUUCUGAUUUUCAUGUCAGUCAUUUGAAAAAGAAAAAAGAAAGAAAGUAGAGGAUGUAUGUAAAGUAGAGGUUGUAUCUUCAUUGGUCAGUUGUACAAAAUCAUCUCCUUCACUUGAGUGUAACCGAAAUAAGUUUUGUCAGUUUAACUGCUAUUUGUUUUGGUGGUUCAGCCUUGAUGCAGAAGAAACUGGUAAACUGUAUUAUUGCACACAUCUGUGGUUUAAGUGUAUUAUUUUUGAGACCCAUAGACUCCAUGUCACCCCUCUCAUCUUAUACAACCCCAAUGAAA